AACACGCAAGACGAUGUCCGACGAAGAAACGCUCCAGAAACGCCACGACGACUCUGAUUCCGAGGAUGACGACGAGGUCGAGGACGUCCCCUUUGUCGACAUCGACCCUACCACUCUCACUCCCCUUUCCCCAGAGGUCAUCUCAAAACAGGCCUCCGUUUGGCUGGCGCACUCAGCCUGCACGAUCGGACAUGUCGCGCACGGAAAAUCGACAGUCGUCAAAGCCAUCUCGGGCGUCAUGACCGUCCGAUUCAAGAACGAGCUCGUCCGGAAUAUCACCAUCAAGCUUGGUUAUGCCAACGCCAAGGUCUACAAAUGCGAAAACGAAGCCUGCCCACGGCCAGGCUGCUACCGCUCCUACCGAUCGGACAAGGAAGACAACCCGCCUUGCGAGCGGCCCGGGUGCGGCCAUCGCAUGAAGCUCGUCCGUCAUGUCUCCUUCGUCGACUGCCCCGGCCACGACAUUCUCAUGGCCACCAUGCUGAACGGCGCCGCGGUCAUGGACGCCGCACUCCUGCUGGUUGCGGGCAACGAGACGUGUCCGCAGCCGCAGACGUCGGAGCAUCUUGCCGCCGUCGAGAUUAUGCGGCUCGAGAAUAUUAUUAUUCUGCAGAACAAGGUGGAUCUUAUCAAGGAGGCGCAGGCGCUCGAGCACCAGAAGAGCAUCUCGGCGUUCGUCAAAGGCACCGUCGCCGAAUCGUCCCCCAUCGUGCCCAUCUCCGCCCAGCUCAAAUACAACAUCGAUGCGGUAAACGAAUACAUCGUGAAGCGCAUCCCGAUCCCCGUGCGCGACUUCACCUCGGACCCGCGGCUGAUCGUCAUCCGCUCGUUCGACGUGAACAAGCCGGGCGCGGAGGUCGACGAGCUCAAGGGCGGCGUCGCGGGCGGCUCGAUCCUCACGGGCGUGCUGAAGCUCGGGCAGGAGGUCGAGAUCCGCCCGGGGAUCGUGACCAAGGACAGCGCGGGGCGCAACAGGUGCAAGCCGAUCUUCAGCCGGAUCGUGUCGCUCCAUGCGGAGAACAAUCAUCUGCAGUUUGCGGUGCCCGGGGGGCUUAUUGGGGUCGGGACGAGGAUCGAUCCGACGCUGUGUAGGGCGGAUAGGCUUGUGGGGCAGGUGUUGGGUGCUGUUGGGAAGCUGCCGCAGGUGUACACCGAGCUCGAGAUCAGCCUCUUCCUCCUGCGCCGCCUGCUCGGUGUACGGACAGAGGACAAGAAGCAGGCCAAGGUGUCGAAGCUCGUCAAGAACGAGCUGCUGCUCAUCAACAUCGGCUCGACGUCGACGGGCGGGCGCGUGCUCAGCGUCAAGGCGGACCUCGCCAAGAUCCAGCUGACGUCGCCCGCGUGCACCGAGGUCGGCGAGAAGGUCGCGCUCUCGCGCCGGAUUGAAAAGCAUUGGCGUCUCGUUGGGUGGGGAAGUGUGCAGCGCGGGACGGUGCUCGAGCUCGAUUGAGCGGGCGGUUUUGUAGAUACUAUCUUCGGCACUCGUGUAGCGCUAGGGAAUGCGUGCAAAACUGCUUUUGUGCAUCGCCUUUUGAUGCCUUCUCUCUCUAUGGUGAACCAUAUAUAUCAAGUGAGCUGUGUUCAGAGCAGAGUUGAUUGCGAUUGC